AUGAUGCGUCACACGCUGAUUAAGCGUGAACUUUUUGGUGAGCUUUAGACUACCUGUCUAUGUAGUCAUCAGAUGGUAAAACUCUAAAGUUAAAAUUAACAUUCCAAAUUUCACGGACAGAGAGCGUGCAACAUUAUUGUUAUGAUGCGCGAUCAGCGCAUCCUCAAUUAUUAUUAUUUAAAAAUAUUUAUACACGCUAGCCUUUCACUUGUGUGAUUUUCAAAGGGCCAUGUGUUUUAAAAAGAAUUACAACAUUUAAGUAGUAAUUCUUCAUAAUUUCUUAUCUUCAUAAUUCUUCAUAAGAAUCUUCAUAAUUCCUCACCGAAACGCAUGAAAAUAUACAGAUUAAAGACAUUAAAGUGAUACUGAUUAAAUGCUAUGCAUGUAUUUUUCAAUUUAUAGGUACAAAUCAAUGCGCAAGCAGUCCAUGUGUAAAUGGAAAUUGCAUAAAUCAAGGAGAGUCGUAUCAAUGCCAAUGCAAGAAUGGUUAUGAAGGGAAAAAUUGCGACAAAAGUAAGCUUAUCUAAAGGCUCGCUCAUCUCUAUUUUAGUGAAUUGGGAGGUCCUUACACAUGUUGUUCUGUCUUAUCAUAUCACUCGUUUUACCUCGUUUCCUUUUCGCUAUAUUUUAAUAUUGUAUGCUGUGCUGAGUGGUUAUAUUACUACAAUAAAAAAACAAGCAGAAACUCAGGUUUCGAGCGAAAAUGCACGCUUUCUAACGAAAAUGCACGCUUUCGAAAAUGCACGCUUUCUAACUUUUUGAAAGCAAUUAAAUAAACUACACUUAUUCAUACGUACAUAUAAUUAUUAUCAAAGCAAAAUAUCAUUGAAUAUAAUAAUGAAAAUAAUUGGUUAACAUACUCCUUCCUUUUAAAUCCCCAUCAGGUACUUAUAUGCUUAGAACGCUAUGCAUGUAUAAUGGUUUAGUGAUUGAAAGAACUGUAUCCAAAAUAUUUGUAAUCUAAUUAACUACAUGUAUGUCCAGUAUGUUUGCUAAUCAAAUUAAUCUAAGAGUUACAGGUAAACUACGUGAAGCGUUCCUCUUUUGUGUUCCUAACUCAUUUGGAAUUUUCAAACUAUUAGAUUUGCAAAUUUGAAAAACUCUUCGCAAAUCCCUUGAGGGAAUUUGCAAUUUUCCUGUCGGCCGUUGCAAUACUCCAACGCAAAGAAAGUUCCUUUCAAAUUUUCCUAACUUCCUGUUUUAAUUUCCUAACUUCCUGUUCUGUUCUGUUCUGUUCUGUUCUGUUCUGUUCUGUUCUGUUCUGUUCUGUUCUGUUCUGUUCUGUUCUGUUCUGUUCUGUUCUGUUCUGUUCUGUUCUGUUCUGUUCUGUUCUGUUCUGAGCGUUAUCAUUGGUGGAUUAUUUUUGUUAGCCAAUUGCAACGCACAGAACAGAACAGGAAGUUAGGAACUUGUAACAGGAAGUUAAGAACUUCUAACAGGAACUGAGGAAAAUUUAUUUUGCUCUUAAGAACAUUGCAAAUUCCCUCAAGGGAUUUGCAAGGGGGUUUUUCAAAUUUGCUGACGAAAAUUGCAAUUAACUUAGGAACUCAAAAGAGGAACACUUCACGUAGUUUACUUGUAAUUGUAUCUCUCUGGCACUUGCUUGUGACCUCGCAUAGUAAUAAAAAUACAAGUUCAUCUCCUCGUUCAACUUGUAAGCUGGUUUAUAUUAAACAGCGCAAUAUGUAUUUGUAAUUCUAUUUGUUCGUGGCGUUUUGCAAAGCACAAUUCGCUUGGAAGCCUCAUCACAGUAACCCAGACUCAAAAGGCCUUAUAUGAUUGUAAAAUCAUAUAAAAAAUAGUAGGUCAUUAAAUAUCACUUUUUAAAUGUAUAAUUUUAUGGUAUUGCCUAAAUCUCAACUAAAGUAACUGAAACGUAUUUCGUUAUAUGUGACAUUUAAGUUAACUGCCUAAUCUGGUCAAUCACGAAAGCGAGGCUCUAUAGCCAAAGUGUCGUACUUUCCAGAAGGGUGUAUUCGUACAUUUAUAAAACGCUCCUUAACGUAAAAUCAGAAUUAAUAACUUGCGGGAGGUAGUAACCGUUACUUUGAGUUUUCACAUUGAAAGGACAACCUUCAUAGGAUUAUUUAUAGAUGUUUAUAUUGUUCUCCUAAAAAUUAUUUUAGUGACAGUGAAUCCAAAUUAUUGUAAGAAUCAAAAUUGGUGGGCUUCUUUUGAUAAUAAAGGAUGGUCAACUUGUAACAACGACAAACUCUUUAUUACUGGAUUUUAUCGAAACACAUUGGGAAGCUGGGACAAGGAUGAGAUUUAUCGACUGGAAGAAGCAAAAUGUUGUUCUUCGAAUUCACUUUAUCGAAAUCAACAAAGUGAAUGUAAAAAUGCGAACUGGUGGGAUUCUCUUGACAGGUAAUGAAAUGCCUCAUAAUACUUUCUCGAUUGCAGCAUGGUGUCACAAAAAUGCACCUCUAUAAAUUAAGGUAUAUAUUAUAUAUAUUAAGGUUUUUUACAUAGCUAGUGACAAGAAACUUUUAAUCUUUUAAUAUAUAAAUAUGAAUCCUAGCUGCAAUUUUAGCAUUUUUCGUCAUAUAUAUAUAUAUAUAUAUAUAUAUAUAUAUAUAUAUAUAUAUAUAUAUAUAUAUAUAUAUAUAUAUAUAUAUAUAUAUAUAUAUAUAUUAAGAUGAAAAUGUUCUAAAGUGUGUAUUAUAUAAUUUCCAUACCCAGCGCAAGCAGAAAUAUAUAUAUGUGAUACAGAUUCAUGUUGAUUUACAUAAACUUUAACUUUGAUUUUCUCGGCUUAGACUACGUUUAUUUUUAAAAUUACUUCGCCAAUGAACUCAUAAGAUGAGUCGUUUUUUAAGUCAUUUACAACAUUCGCGUCUGUGUUGUAUCGGAUAUACAAACUCUCGCCUUCGGUUCGAGUUUGUAUAUCCGACACAACACGGCCGCUCAUGUUGUAAAUAGUACAUAUAUGUAUACCAUAAACAAAACAAAAAUGACCAAAAAACAUGUCAAAAAAUAUUUUUUAAAUAUUAAUUUGUAUUUCAGCUCCCGUAAUAGUUGUAGACAAAACAAUAUUUAUACGCUUUCGGUAACUUUAUGAUUUUUUCAUUAGAUAGAAAUAGCUUUAACCUCUAUUUGGUGAAACGGCAGCUAAUUCGUUUGGCACAAAGAUUUGCUCGUCUGUAACGAACGAAACGGGAAGUCAUUUUGUUUUUGUCCGGAAGUGAAUAUAGUAUCAGGAUAUCCAGAGCUGAGCAAUCAAUCAAAUUGCGCGAAAAGCACUAUCCACCUCCCGUGUAUAUGCUAAAGUUUUUAUUUCAAAAACAAAUUUUAUAAAUUUAGUACUCUACAAAUUCACGACAUUUUCCUUUCUCAUUUUUCAUUACUUCAAACGAAAUCUUGUUGUUAUACAGGGAUGGAUGCCCUAGCCUCAUAGGCGUACGGGAAGGAAAAAAUUAGGGGGGCAGAAAGAAAUUUGCCUGACUUUUUCGAAUUGUGCCCGACCAGUGGCCCGAAAAAAAUUUUUUCCGGAACAAUAAGUUUAGGCGACCUCCCCCCCCACCCCCGUCGCCAAAACAUUUUCGGUCAGUGUACCAUUUUAGGGGUCCAAACAUUUUUCGGACAUACCAAAAUUUUUCGGAACAUCAAACAAAUUUUCCCAAACAUCACAACAUUUACAUAAUUUCCCGCAAAAUUGGCAGAAUUUAUCCCAUUUAUUUUUAUAAUAACCCAAUAUUGCCCGACUGUGAAGCGAAUAUUGCUCAACUGGCUUGGUUUGCCCAACCAAACUGGGGUUAUUAUUACGAGAGAUUUUAUUGCUUUGACUACUUUUUCCCCGACUUUUGCCCGACUUUUGUUGAACAUUUGCCCGACUUUUCGACUUUGUAAUCUUUUUGGGGGGCAGCUGCCCCUGCCCCCCCCGUCCCGUACGCCUAUGCCUAGCCUUGGCUAGAAGAGGAGGUGCGGGGGGGGGGUGCUAUUUUUCAUGAUAAAGCAAAAAAUUAUUAGAGACAAAAUGAGAUACAGUAAGUUGAGUAAUAACAUGAUGAUAAGCGAACUGUGAACAACAAUUACAAUUCAAAUACAGUAGUCAAGCAAGACUUUGCAGUAGUGAAGCAAGUUGAUGGGCGGGCUGCACACAUGACCGACACAACUCGGCACCAGAGCUGGCAAAGCACCCCCCCCCCUACCAGAUCAUGCUGGAUCCAUUCCUGUUGUUAUAAGGGACCAGAUUAUCAGUUUUAGAGUAGAUAGGUACUAGAAUUAAUAUAUGAAUGAAAUAUAUAAUUAAUAUAUGAAUGAAUGAAUUAUAAAAUGAAUGAAAUAGUUUUGGAAUUUGGACCUCGGUUGGCUAUUUUGAUUAGUCAAGUACCAGUGCAUUGAAAUUUUAUAUGAUAUACUGUAUAGUCAUUUCAUCUAGCAUAAAAAUGUGAAGCUAAGAUAUAAUUUUAAUUUACUGUAUAAAAAAGCAGCUGAAUAUCGGGAAGGUAUGGUAUCAACGGUAGUAAAAAAUUAUAUUUGUAAACAGGCAUACGUUAUUGUGACGUCAUUUGCGAAUUCUUUAGUAAAACUACAGUAUUAAGACCCGCUCAAAAUAGAAUGAGAGUUGAUGAGAGUUGGCCGUUACGAAUUGUUACAGUGUACGUUCUACAUUAACAAAAUAAAGGUAUGAUAAGUGUUCCAACUACGUUUUUACUUAAAUAAAAUAUAGCUACAUGACAGUGCUGGUAGUAAAACAUUAAGAAAAGCUAACCAUGCAAGGUCGCGUGAUCGCCAACUCUCGUGCACUAGUUCUCAUCCUCUUUUGAUCUGGGUUUUCAUAUAGACCAUAUAAAGGAGUAGCAUGUGCAGUCCCAGACCCUGCCAAAAUACGGGUCUGUUCUCCUUAAAUUGUAGUGAAUAUUGUCAUAUUUUUGUGUGUAUAUGCUUUCUUGGUUGCUUUCUCAAUAGGAAAAAUACAUGGAGUCUUUGUCCAAUUGGAUACUUUCUCAAUGGUCUUUAUCGUACUGGAGGAAAUAACUUGCAUAACAUAGAAGAAGGAAAAUGUUGCAAACCUGUGAACCAUCCUAAACGGUAUGGACAUUGUUAUCAUGAAUAUAUCAGAUACAAGUUUGAUAAGAAAGGAUGGACAACAUGCAAAAAGACUGGUUACUAUGUUGUUGGAGUAUUUCGUGAUCAUAACAAAGAUUGGCUCCACGAUAUCGACUAUUUGAAGUGUUGUAAAAUGUGGACAUGAGGUAUAAGAGCCCAUGCAUGCAUGAAUGUUAAAAAUUAAAAAAAAAUAUAAUAAGAUCAAUUAACAAUCCUGGUCAAAAAUCCAUGGCGCAUGUAUAGUCAUGCAAUUUAGCUAAUUCCUAGUUUUACCCCAUUGCUGGUUGAUAUGUACAUACUUGCGCAUUUUAUUCACAAUUUCAUGAUCAUCUUGCGUGACACCUUGCAAGCUAUAGUUGUUAUUUUAGUGGAAGUCAAAUUUCGCACUGUCAAUGUCACUAGUGUGCCAUUAUUUUUGACUAGGAUUGUAGAAACAGGAUAUUGGAGAUUGCCUCCGCCAGCGAAUUUUAAGCGUUCACUGACUAAAACACAGCCCUAUCAAUUGAGGAUGUUACUUGCAAGCAAAACAUUGUGAUGAUGCAUCAUGGGAAUGCGCCUUAGUUUUAUGUGCACUUCUAUAAUAUAUUAUUUAACAUAGCUAUGACGAUUGGGCAGUAUAUAGUUAGAAGUAUUAUCUUAUCCGAGAUGUUAGCUAGUUUUGUUCUAAAUUUUAAGUUAAUCGAUUAUAUAAGGUAAUAUAAUUUGUUAAUUAUUUAAGACGAGAGAUUUUGCAAGUAAAUUAAUGUACAUAACGCGCGCUAAGAACUGAAGGCAGGCUAUAUAAUGCCCAUGCAUGUUUAUGACUGCAUCAAAAUUGAUAUAUUUUUCAAUCGGCAAGCAAAUUUUAAAAGUAUGAUUAGAAGUGUUUUAUCUGUAAAAUAAUGCUAAAACGAAGAGAUUUAAGCUAAGAGAAAAUGACAUCUGAGAUUUAUCAAGCUUUGGUUAUAUUGCCGUAAACAUGCAUGCCUUCCAUUUUAUAGCAUCAAUGAUAAUGGUAUUUUUUAGCAAUUUUAUGUUUUCAAACGCCAGACCUAUUUCAAAAUGCAUAGCUAAAUGUAUAAACUGGUAUACCUACGGCUAACAAGAAGCAAUUUUGAUUUUUGAAAGGUACACGAAAAUGAUUUUAGGUUUUACACGCUUUUAUCUGAAAUAUACGCCGAAUAAAAAAUAUUCUUUGAAACUAAAUUGUUUAAUGUUGAAUUGUUUUAUUAUAGGCUCAUAAUCACUUCUCUAUAUACGAACAAACUCUGAAAUGGAAUCAUGGCUGAUAAACGAGAGAAUAAAAGCGACAAAAUCUAGCUAUAGAAAUGCACUUGUAGAAAGAAUAAUACGUAUAAUGAUUAGUUGUUAUUGAAAAUAGAAAUAAAAUAGAUCAUGCAUUUAA